AUGGAUGAAUUUCAGGGCAUUGUGGUACCUAUGAGAUUCUACUCACUGGAGGGUGUGUGUUUAGUACAGGUGAUGCAGGCGCCGAGCGACCCACUCCCUAAGCCCUCCCUUCGAGCUCUGCCCAGCUCCCUGGUGCCCUUGGGCAAGUCAGUGACUCUCCGGUGCCUGGGCCCUCCGGGGGUGGACUUGUACCGCCUGGAGAAACUGGGGUCUGGCCAGUACGAGGACAAGGAGCUCCUGUUCAUCCCCACCAUGAAAGCAGCUGACGCUGGGCGCUACCGCUGCUCCUACCAGAACGGGAGCACGUGGUCUCCUCCCAGCGACAAGCUGGAGCUGGUUGCUACUGGAGUCUUCAGUAAGCCCUUCCUCUCAGCCCACCCCAGCCCAGAAGUCCCUCCUGGAGGACACGUGACUCUACAGUGUCAGACCAAAUAUGGCUUUGAUCAAUUUGCUUUAUACAAGGAAGGGGACACAGGGCCCUACAGGAGACCAGAAAAGUUGUACCAGGCUGAUUUCCCCAUCAUUACAGUGACGGCUGCCCACAGUGGGACCUACCAAUGUUAUAGCUUUUCCAGCUCAUCUCCAUACCUGUGGUCAGCACCCAGCAACCCCCUGGUCCUGGUGGUCACAGGAGCCUCUGCCACCCCCAGCCAGGUACCCAAGGCGGUGCGGUCCUCCAGAACGGAAGCCUCCAGUACUCUGACCAUCUCAUCCACAAACGCAGUCUCGGCAACUGAGAUGUCUAGGCAGAUCACUUUCUCUCCAGAGGGGUCAAACCCUCCAUUUGGCCUUGCCCACCAGCACUAUGUCAAGGAGAACCUGAUCCGGAUAUGCCUCGGAGCCAUGAUUCUCAUAUUUCUGGCAGGGUUAUUGGCAGAGGAUUGGUACAGUCGGAAGAAACCCCUGCCACGCAGGAUCAGAGCCGUGCAAAGGCCACUCCCACCCCUCCCAGGGACACAGAAAUCACACAGCUUUCCCGACGGGGCACGACCAGAUGUUCAAAACCGUUAG